UAUAUUAUGAAAGUAUAAAUUGGUUUAAUUCCAAGCAACCUUUGCACUUACCUUAUGCAAACUAGUUCAAUUCUGCACUUAUAUAUUUGCUUUGGUUUGUGUUGGCAAUCAAUCACCAAAAAGGGGGAGAUUGAAAGGGAAAUAGGGUCAAACCUUUUCCUAAAUGAUUUUGGUGGUUGAAUUGCCCAACACAAAUAAUUGAACUAACUAGUUUGCUCUAGAUUAUACAUUCUACAGGUGCCAAAGGUUCAACACAAACCAAUAAAAAGAACAAGUUAGGGUUCAAAAGAAAUGAGCAAAAAGGAAACUGAAGUGUUCCAUGGUCUGGCGCACCGCACUGUCCGGUGCACCAGGGGUCGUACAUUCCAAACUCCUCAGCUUCGGGUUUCCCAGGCACAGCUCCGCUUUAAUUCACCGGACUGUCUGGUGCACCAGUGGAGCAAUGGCUAUCUGCGCGCAAUGGUCAACUCUGAUGGAUGAACAGUGCACCACAGUAACGCGGCAGAAGUCAGAGCAGAAGGUCAGAGGGGCACCGGACUGUCCGGUGUGGCACCGGACUAUCCGGUGUGGCACCGGACUGUCCGGUGUGGGCCCGGACUGUCUGCUGCCGCAUGAGGACAAAGCCUCCAACGGUCGACCAGCUCCAGACCCUAACGACAGGGUGACAUGGCGGCGCACCAGACACUAUCCGAUGGCGCACCGGACUGUCCGGUGUGCCCAUCGCCAGCAGCCUUCUCCAACGGCUACAAUUUGGUUGGUGGCUAUAAAUACCACCCCAACCGGCCACUUCAAGGUGUGGGAGCCCAAGCAACAUUCCAAGUCAUAUAGUUGACAUAUCCAAGCCCUCCCAACCACCUCUAUUCAUUGAUCCAUCCUAUACACGAGAUUUAGACCACUUCAACCAACACAAGUGCCACAAAAGAGAGAGCAAGCAAAAGAAAGCUUCUCGUGUGAGUUUAGCAAUAGUGCCUUGUGAGAUUCAUCGAGAGAAAGUGUGUGCUACAUCUUGUGUUCAUUUCUGCGUGGAGUUUUGACUCCCAUUGAACUUCCUCAAAGUUUUGGAGGCUUGUAAAGCUAGCAAGAGACACCUAAGAGUGUGGUGAUCCUUGCGGGGUCUUAAGUGACCCUUGAGAAAAAGAAGAGCUCGCCAGUCUUGGUGAUCGGUGGAGAGAGGGAAAGGGUUGAAAGAGACUCAUCCUUAGUGGACUCCUCAACGGGGACUAGGCCUUCGAGGGCCGAACCUCGGUAAAACAAAUCACCCGUGUCCCUUGUGUUUAUUGCUUGUGAUUUGUUU